AAAUCGAACGUCCACCACCACAUCAGCACUUUGUGAAAAAAGAAACCAUCGAGAAACACCCUGGAAAGAACGAGAAGCCACCAAACCAUCUCACCUGGUGCUGCAAGGAAGAAGGUUGUUUGGAGCCAAAAUCCGUCUAUGUUUGUGUCCUUUGUCUCUUUUAAUAUACUGCCCUAACUUGCUUGCUGUGAAGGGAGUAUGCAUCUGGAGAUCAAAGUUGCUCUGAACUUCAUCAUCUCCUACCUGUACAACAAGCUUCCACGGAGGCGGGCCGACCUGUUUGGUGAAGAGCUAGAGCGACUGCUGAAGAAGAAAUAUGAAGGCCAUUGGUACCCAGAGAAGCCUCUGAAGGGUUCAGGCUAUCGCUGUGUUCACAUUGGGGAGACGGUGGACCCUGUCGUGGAACUGGCUGCCAAGCGGAGUGGACUGGCUGUAGAGGACGUGCGGGCCAAUGUCCCCGAAGAAUUGAGUGUCUGGAUCGACCCAUUUGAGGUCUCCUACCAAAUUGGGGAGAAAGGGUCAGUCAAGGUCUUGUAUCUGGAUGACAGUGAGGGCUGCAGUGCAGCCGAGUUGGACAAGGAGAUCAAGAGCAGCUUCAACCCUGAUGCCCAGGUGUUUGUCCCCAUUGGAAGCCAGGACAACUCCUUGUCCAAUUCUCCAUCCCCAUCUUUUGGCCAGUCUCCUAGCCCUACUUUCAUCCCUCGCUCUGCCCAGCCCAUCACCUUCACCACUGCCACUUUUGCUGCCACAAAGUUUGGUUCAACUAAGAUGAAGAAAGGCGGAGGAGCUGGAGCCGGCACAAAUGGUGCAGGGGUCCCUCAGCCGCAGCAACAGCAGCAGCAGCGUUUGGCCCGGUCACCCACCAAUGGCCUGCUGAAGCACAAAGGCCUCUCCCUGUCUAUGCAUUCUCUGAACUUCAUUGGGGGCAGUCCAGCUCCUCAAUCUCAGCUCUCCCCCAAUGCCAAGGAGUUUGUUUACAACGGUGGAUCGCCAGGAGCCGGCAGCCUCUUCUUUGAUGGUGUAGCUGCCGAGAACCAGGGCGGUGGCAUCCCACCUGCAUCCCAGUUCAGUGGCAGUGGUGGUGGCAGCAGCUUUGAUAUGGCUCAGGUUUUUGGUGGCAGCACCAACAGCCUCUUUUUGGAGAAGACACCCUUCGUGGAAGGACUCAGCUACAAUCUGAAUGCCAUGCAGUAUCCCAGCCAGUCGUUCCAACCAGUGGUUUUGGCCAACUGACCACCAUGAGAGUAUUCUGGGAAAAAUAACUUCCAAAAAAAAAAAAAAAGAGAAAAAUAAUUAGAAAUAUUUGAAAUCUUAUAAAUAUAGCUUCUUGGAAAGAGACAAACCCUGAUUUGUUGCGUCAUGCCAGGGAGCGCUGCUGAAGCACUGAUGGUUUUUUAAAAACUUGUUUGCUGUGCUCUUUCCUACCCAUUCUCUUAAACUUAAUGAGAGAAUCUAUCCUUCUCAGCCCAGCAGUGGUGUAAACCAGCAUCACUUUAUUUCCCGUGCUGCUCCUUGGAACUGGUUCUCAAAUGUGCUUACUGUAAGAAUGGUCUUGUUCAGGGCACUGUCAUGUUUCUUGAGUCCAGAUGUGUUGAUCCCCCCCCCUUUUAAAUGUGGAUUUAGUUUGCUUUUGGAUCUGUGAAUUCUCAAGUACUACUUAGAGGAAGAUUUGGGAUGUGCAUUCAUUUCUCAUAGCCCUCGUUUGUAUUCCUAUUGCAAGA